CUUCCGGUUCCGGUGUUCCGGUUUCUCUUUGACAAGCUACUUUAUUUAUAGUGUUUGGCAGGUCAAAUUAUUCACUGUAUUUAAAAAAAAAACAAGAUCAGUGUGUUGCGAUAGAAACAGAAAGUAAUAACAAUCGUAUAAGAUUUUGGCUUAAUAGAAAGGGAAAUUCUACUAAUGUAACUCGAAAGCGAGAUUUCUCGCUUUUAUUAUCUAGUAUUCCCGUCAUGGUUGCUAUGAAAAUGUCAGUUCAGUGGUGAUUCAUUCGUUCAUUAGUUGACUUUUCAUCUGUUUCUUAAUUCUGCUCGUCGGGCAGGAUGAUGGAAGAACCAUUGAGUCAAGGUGCUUCACCAUCUGGUGAUAGUAAUUUUUCUGGAGGAGGAGAUUUAGGUUCUACUACUAUCAUGAGCAUAGAUGAGAGAAUGUUAGAUAUUAGUUCAAGGCAUUCUUUAAAUGUUCUUCGAACACCAACAACUAAAAAGGCGAAAAGAGUGAGAUUUUUUAGAAAUGGAGAUAAGUUUUAUACUGGUAUCGUGAUGGCUGUGACUCCGGAAAGAUAUAGAAGUUUUGAUAGUUUAGCUACAGAUUUAACAAGAGCUCUGACAUCGAAUGUCACAUUACCUAAUGGUGUUAGAGCAAUUUAUACUAUGGAUGGAAAGAAGGUUCAAAACAUCAGUGAUUUAGAAGAUGGUAAAUGUUACGUAGUUUCUGGACAAGGGGAGAUUUUCAAAAAAGUCGAAUACACAUCUACCAAAGUAAGAAGAGGGAGUUCUUUGUCUGGAUUACCACAAUCUCCAGCGUGUACCGGUAGACAAAUAAGUGCAAUACCAUUAUGUGUGAAAGCAAGAAUAAUAACUUUAAUUCGCCAUGGAACAAAACCUAGGAAAGUUGUACGUCUUUUGCUAAAUAAAAGAAAUGCUCCAAGUUUGGAACAUGCGAUGGAAGCAAUUACUGAAGCAGUUAAAUUAGAUACUGGAGCAGUGAGAAAAGUUUUUACUCUCUCAGGACAACAAGUUACCUCAUUGGAACAGUUUUUUGAGAACGAUGACAUCUUUAUAGCUUACGGUCCUGAAAAGUCAUGUCAAGAGGAUUUUGAAUUAGAUUUUGAAGAGUCUAAGAGUGUUCAGAGCUUCAGAAGAUGUCCAUGGACAUCGAAAAGGCAAAGUGGGCCAAUGCCUAGAAUGCCUCGUAAAUCCGGGAAAAAGAUGCUUACUACUCCUCAAGUGAGAACACCAAGCCCAUCUUCGUUAAUAUUACCACAGCCUUUGCGUUCACAUUAUACAGUUGGACAUGUUAUUGGAGAAGGUAACUUCGCAAUCGUUAGGCGUUGUUGCCAUAAAUCUACAGGUGCAGAAUAUGCAAUGAAAAUUGUAGAGAAAUACAAAGGUCAAGGUAAAGAAACAAUGUGGGCAAGCGAAGUGUCAAUUUUACGACAAGUUUGUCAUCCAAAUAUUAUUAGUUUGAUAGCUGAACAGGAGACUACUGAUCAGUUGUACUUAGUUAUGGAGCUCGUAAAAGAUGGAGAUCUGUUUGAUGCGAUAGCUGCGGCAACUAAAUUUUCCGAGGCUGAAGCUAGCGUAAUGAUCGGCCAUCUAACUUCAGCAUUAGCGUACUUGCAUUCACAUCAUAUAGUACACCGUGAUGUUAAACCCGAGAAUCUUUUAGUAGAAAUGGAAGGAAAUCAUGUCAGAUGUUUGAAAUUAUGUGACUUUGGACUUGCUCAGGUCGUAAGAGAACCGUUAUAUACAGUCUGCGGUACGCCUACGUACGUAGCGCCAGAAAUUCUAGCAGAAACGGGAUAUGGUUUAAAGAUCGAUGUAUGGGCAGUUGGAGUGAUACUGUACAUUCUACUUUGCGGUUUUCCGCCGUUCGCUUCACCCGAAAAUAAGCAAGAAGAAUUAUUUGAGCGCAUUCUAAGCGGCCAAUAUGAUUUCCGAUCUCCGUUCUGGGAUGAAAUUUCAGACUCUGCUAAACAGUUAAUUUCAAAUAUGCUCCAAACGCAGCCUGAAUUAAGAUUCACUGCAGAAGACGUACUCGAUCAUCCUUGGCUAGCGCAGAGCUUUCUAGGCGAACAGACCACAGCAUCAAGAACUACCAACCCGUCGGAGCAACACUGGUAUCAGCGUGAGCCGAUAAAGGUGGCAAUUUUUGAAUUUGACUUCUUCAAGAAUACAGAUCAGGAUGAUAGUUCACAAGACGAGGCUGAUGGUGCUUCUGACAGCCGGACUGAUGCUCGAAAUGCGCGGAAUGAUGUUUUAUCGUCGAUAGAAUCGAAAAGCAUUGAUUUAUUUUAUAAUAGAGUUGAAAAAAAUUAAUUUAUAUUGAAAUUUAUUUUAAAUAAGAGAAAUUCUUUAACGACGAUAAAUCUGUGUCUCGUAGUACAGGCUGUUUUCGAGAUAU